GGAGGUGGGGGGAGAUGUGCUGAGCAGUCACAACGAGACUCUGGACUCCUUUCCCUUCAGUUCCUUGUGUUCCCUGGGGAGCAAACCCUGCUCCACGCCAGGACAGGAGAGCGUGGCGCACCGAGCCUUGCUCUCUGACUGCACUCAUUCUCCAAACCAACUUUGCCCGGCAGCAAAACCUCCCAGCAGCUCUCUCCAAGAACCAUCCCGCCUGCAGGACGGCGAGAGGGAAGCUUUUCAGCCCGGCCCCGAGCCACCUUCCUCAGCGGGAAGGGGAAGAUGCCUGCAGCUCCGCGGAACUCAGAGGAACCCCUCCUGCGCCCGGCUCUGCCCUGAGCCAUCGGGGAGCAGCUCGGGGAGGCAGCGCCGGCUGCCAUGCGGUGGAGAGAGCCUCCUGCCAUCUACUUGGAGGACUGCGGGAGCCCCGUGGAGAGAUCCUCCUACCUCAUCCAGCUCCCCACCGCCGAUGGAGGCAGCUACGACGUUAUCCACGAUGCCUCCAGCCCUGCUGCCGGGGACUGCUGCGCGCAGCAAAGCUCUGCCCGCCACAACUGGGAAAUGAACUACCAAGAGGCAGCGAUCUACCUCCAGGAAGGAGAAAACAACGACAAGUUCUUCACUCACCCCAAAAAUGCCAAAGCACUUGCUGCCUACCUCUUUGCACACAAUCACCUUUUCUACCUGAUGGAGCUGAGCACGGCACUGCUGCUCCUGUUGCUGUCUCUGUGCGAGGCGCCAGCUGUUCCUAUGCUCCGCCUUGGCAUCUUCGUCCACGCAACCCUGGAGCUGUUUGCGUUGAUGGUGGUGGUCUUUGAGCUCUCCAUGAAGAUGAGGUGGCUGGGCUUCCACACCUUCAUUAGGCACAAGAGGACGAUGGUGAAGACUUGCGUGCUGUUUGUGCAGUUCAUCGAGGCCAUCGUGGUGCUGGUGCGCCAAACCUCGCAUGUCCGCAUAACGAGGGCUCUGCGCUGCAUCUUCCUGGUGGACUGCCGCUACUGCGGCGCCGUGAGGAGAAACCUGCGACAGAUCUUCCAGUCCCUCCCACCGUUUAUUGACAUUCUUCUCCUCCUGCUUUUCUUCAUGGUGAUCUUUGCCAUCCUGGGUUUUUACUUGUUUUCUCCUAACCACUCAGAUCCGUACUUCAGUACCUUAGAGAACAGCCUCGUGAAUCUCUUUGUACUUCUGACCACUUCAAAUUUCCCUGACGUGAUGAUGCCAUCUUAUGCCCGGAACCCAUGGUCCUGUGUCUUCUUCAUAGUGUACCUCUCCAUUGAGCUGUACUUCAUCAUGAACUUGCUUCUUGCUGUUGUGUUCGACACGUUCAAUGACAUUGAGAAGAGGAAGUUUAAGUCUUUGCUGCUGCACAAGCGCACGGCCAUACAGCACGCCUACCGCUUGCUCAUCACCAAACAGAGGCCGUCUGGAAUUUCCUUCAAGCAUUUUGAAGGGCUGUUGCGGUUUUACAAGCCUCGGAUGUGCACCCGAGAGCGGUAUCUCACGUUCAAAGCACUGAAUCAAAGUAACACUCCUUUACUCAGUCUAAAGGAUUUUUACAAUUUCUAUGAAGUUGUUGGCUUAAAAUGGAAGGCAAAACGAAAUCGCGAGCACUGGUUUGAUGACCUUCCCCGGACAGCUUUCCUUAUUUUUAAAGGCAUCAACAUCCUCGUGAAUUCCCGCGUGUUCCAGUACACCAUGUAUACUGUGGUGGCUGUGAAUGGAAUUUGGAUUCUUGUCGAAACCUUCAUGCUGCAAGGAGGGAAUUUCUUCUCCAGAAAUGUCCCGUGGAGCUACAUAGUCUUCCUCACAAUCUACGGCGUGGAGCUGCUCCUGAAAACCACUGGGCUGGGGCCCGUCGAGUACCUGUCCUCAGGCUGGAAUCUCUUUGACUUCUCAGUGACCCUGUUUGCGUUCCUGGGGCUUAUGGCGCUGGCAUUUAACAUGGAGCCGUUCUACUUCAUCGUGGUCCUGCGACCUCUCCAGCUGCUGAGGCUCUUUAAAUUGAAGAAACGCUACAGGAAUGUCCUGGACACCAUGUUUGAGUUGUUCCCCAGGAUGGCCAGCCUAGGUUUAACCCUGCUGAUCUUCUACUACUGCUUCGCCAUCGUUGGCAUGGAAUUCUUUGCUGGUGUGGUCUACCCGAACUGCUGCAACACAAGCACUGUUGCAGAUUCCUACCGCUGGGUGAACCACACGGUUGGCAACAAGACGGUUGUGGAAGAAGGCUAUUACUAUCUCAACAACUUCGACAACAUUCUGAACAGCUUUGUGACCCUGUUUGAGCUGACGGUUGUCAAUGACUGGUACAUCAUCAUGGAAGGGGUGACGUCUCAAACCACUCACUGGAGUCGCCUUUACUUCAUGAUCUUCUACAUUGUGACCAUGGUGGUGAUGACCAUCAUCGUGGCAUUUAUCCUGGAGGCUUUCGUCUUCCGCAUGAACUACACGCGGAAGAACCAAGACUCAGAAGAAGACAACGGCAUUGUGCUGGAGAAGGAGAUCUCCAAGGAGGAAGUGGUUGGGAUAAUUGAGCUGUACAAGCGGAGUUCAGCCGCCCCCGAAACUUCUCAGCUGCAGAAAAUCGUUUUGCAGAUGGACAAGUAUGGGCAAAUGUCAACCACGUUUUUGGGACGCAGAUCCAGGACCAAGAGUGAUUUGAGCAUGAAGAUGUAUGAGGAGGAGAUACAGGAGUGGUAUGAGGAGCACUCCAGGAAAGAGGAAUCCCAGGCACCACUGCAGGAGUCUGCGUCUGCUUCCACCAGCUCUCUGAAGCCCCUGAGCCUCCGGCAACGCUCCCAGACUGUCAUUUAGGCCUAGCUAACGCGAGCUGCCUUCUAUGCAAUAACCUAGAGUAUUACUUCACAGCGUAUAUAUCGGGAUGGUGUACAUAGGUCUGUUCCACGUGCUGGUUGGCUUUAGGGUUCAAAGCUCUUCCCCUAAGCAGUGAACCCCUGAAAAAAAAACGGGGACUCUGCGUAAGACUGCAACCAGAGUGAGCGUGGUGCCCGCGCUCGGCACAGAGCAUCUCAGACAGAGCAGAGACUUCUCCCUCCGAGCUGCUUCCCAGGCUCGAGCCUGCUGUUUGUCUUGCCACUAACAGACCUGGGGGAGAGGGACGUGUAAUCCAUUAACAGGAGGAAAUGCGCUUAAGCCACCUGCUUACUAUUUAAAAGAGGGAAAAACAACUUGCCCUUUUUGAAGGUCUGCUUCGCUUAAAGGGUACCGUUAACCUAGGAAUAAAAGAAGGGGAGUGGAUUAUUUUUUUUCUUCUCCCCCACUUGUUAUGCAAAGCAAGGGAGGGUGGUAUGAAAUUUCAGCACUUUUGGAGGUCGGGCUGCCUCUCCUCUACCUUUUAGCACCGCUAGAUGCACUCCCAGUAGCAGAUCCAGCUCUGCACGUCGAAUUUAGCUGUCCCUGAGCAGUCCUGUGGCAGCUGGAGCCAGAAGCGAGGGUCUGCAGCUCACUGAAUUGUGUCUGGAUAAGGGAAAGCCAGCUCAGGUUAAGGAGAGGGGGGUCAGGUCUUGGGAAGCUCUCUGAAGAGCUUUUCUUCCACAUCCAGAAUCCAAGGGAGCAGGAAUGUGAAAGAUGUUUCUUCUCACCUGUCUGUUUCUCAGUGUGAGCUGCCAGAGACCUGGUAGCUGAGGGAGGGGAAAGAAAAGGGCUCGCUUCCCAGCUCUGAAAUGUUUAUGCUGGGAUUGCAGCAGGUAGCUUCAUCCCUCGCGUUUCAUUACCUGUAAAGUGGUGAGAACCUGUCUCUAGGUCCCUUUUUUUUUUUUUUUUUUUUAAUCCCCCUAACCACAGAAAGUGCUGAGGGUUAGAAGCUGGGAGGUUCCCUUAACUCUUGCUUUUUGACCUCUUCUCAGCUUCAGGUGAAGAGUAGACGGAGCUGGGGAGGCUUUCUGAAGGCUUCGAAGCACCUGGUGGUGGGAGAUGUGUGCCCAGUCCCUGUGUGCCAUGUGCCUGGUGUUUCCUUACAGCCUCACCCUGUAGCACAGGACAGAAGGAGAGGACUGAUUCCACCAGGGCAGCUAGGGAGCUUGCUGGGGAAGGACGAGACUUGGAAAAGCAGGCAAAGCGCUCUGUGCUCCUUGCUCCUGCCUGGAUAAAUGCCCUGGGUGCCUCGGGGCAGCUCCGUUUUCUUUCUGGGUACUUCAGGGUGCGUGUCUGUGAAACCACUUCUGAGCUGAACCGUGAAGGACCUUAAAGGGCUGCUUUCCAGACCGUAAAUGUGACCACGAGCCAAUGAGCAGCACAGCGUUGUGGUUGCUCUGCGUGGAGUCGCAGCCUGGGAGAUUUAUCCAGAUUAGUACUGGGAGCUGUAGGAGAUGUCUCGGGGUGUGGGGCAGGAUGAACGAGCAGUGGGAAGGUCACAAAACCACCUGGGGCUUUGUUUAAAUUCCACGUUACCCCUUAGUGAUAGGUUUGGGGCAUUUUCUGGGUUUGGGGCACUUGCUGGGUGUGAAAGGAGCUGCACCUUCAGGCUACACCCUGCCUGCCCUGCAGUAAUGGGGUCUCAGUGUCCUGGAAUUUGGGGCUCGGCUGCUGCUUCUCUGGUCUCGUGCUGAGAUGCUGAUCCGCCCCCACCUUCACUGUAUUAUUAUUUUUAAACUAAGGAGGGCCACAGAAGUUUACUUCUUCCGCAGGACUUUGUCUGGAAGGACAAGAAGUUUGAGUACGGGGCAUCCCCUUCUAUUUAUCCUCCUCUUCCCCCCCCCUUCCCCACAGACUAACGACGGAGACAAUCAUUCGGUAGGGAACGAGGGAGGAAGCGCGGCAGGAUUUUUGUACGCUGGCAGUUUUGUUUAUAAAGAUGAUUUUAUGGACACGUCUGUAAAAUGUUCUCUAGAUUUUUCAAGCACACUAAUAAAGAGCAUCCUCAGCUUUGUAAA